AUGGAGUGGGACAGAGAUCUAAGGCAGAAGAUCAUGGAAAGGGAGUGUAUAUUCGGAUUGAUCGGAAAUGGCUUCGCGAUUGUGGCGGCCGAUGCAUCGACGGGGUACAGAUUCGUCGACUGCAAUACCAGUGUGGACAAGAUCACGGCCAGAGACAGGUCCCUCUUGUUUGAUAUUAGGUUCACCAAUUACAUACAGAAGAAAUUGGCUCCGUCUCGGUCAUGUAAUGGGACCCCUCUGACCACUGCUGACGCCACCGAUUUCAUCCGUGGUGAGCUCGCCACUGAUCUGCGCAAGGUAUCUCAUAGAGUGAACAUGCUACUUGCUGGCUACGACGAAGAAACGGGCCCUUCGCUUUACCAUAUUGACCACACUGCUUCGCUGAACAAGGUUGAGAAGGGAGCAUUUGGCAAUGACUCCUAUUUUUCACUCUCAAUAAUGGACAGUCACUUCCGCAGCGGAAUUCGGCGAUUGCUGGGAUCAAUUGGAUGGUACUGGGCUUCUUCGAAUUGGGUGAUUGCAAGAUCUGCUGUGCGAUUUGCUGAACGAUACAUUUUUUGA